CUCCGCCUCGGCGCUGUCAUUCUCCGCGGCGCGGAGGCCAGUGCGGACUGCGGUUCCCGCCCGGCGCGCGGGUGCUGGGACUGCUCCUCCGGGGCGGACUGGUGGCUCUGCAGCGCUCCGGAGCCUCUCGUGCGGGGACUCCGUGGUGUCGCAUUCCCUCAGAGCGGGAGACACGCACCCGGAGCUCCGAACACGGCUCUCAAGGGCUGGCGGCCGCGACGGCAUUUGCUCAGGUCCCCGGUGCAGUCCGAGUCUCUGCGGCCGCCCGGUGCGCCCGGGAGAGUGCACCUCCCCCGGCACAGCGGAACCGAGGCGACGAGGACCAGGUGGGUCCAGCGCCCGCUACCACCGGCCACCGCCGGCCAGCCGGGCUGCGUGCGGCGGAGUUGCAGCGCUUUUUACCGCACUGAAGCCCCAGAAGACCUCUGCCUCCUGCGAGCCAAGCACACUGAAUCCUUCUCUGACUUCAACAGUGGAACACAACUUCAGAGCUGGGAAUUGGAGGACGUAGCUCUCUAGACCCAUGUGACCUCCUGUGAAGAACUGACCCCACCUGCCGGUCCCCGCAGCUCCACCAUGGGGCCUGCAGGAAGCGCCCUGAGCAGCGGGCAGAUGCAGAUGCAGAUGGUCCUCUGGGGAAGUCUGGCGGCCGUGGCCGUGUUCCUCCUCAUCACCUUCCUCAUCCUUCUGUGCUCCAGUUGUGACAGAGAGAAGCAGCCACGCCAGCAUAGUGGGGACCAUGAGAACCUGAUGAAUGUGCCUUCCGACAAGGAGAUGUUCAGCCACUCGGCCACCAGCCUGACGACAGACGCACUGGCCAGCAGCGAGCAGAAUGGAGUGCUCACCAACGGCGACAUUCUUUCAGAAGACAGCACGCUGACCUGCAUGCAGCAUUAUGAGGAAGUCCAGACCUCGGCCUCAGACCUGCUGGACUCCCAGGACAGCACAGGAAAGGCCAAGUGCCACCAGAGCCGGGAGCUGCCCAGGAUCCCGCCUGAGGACGGCGUGGACGAGAUGCUCGCGGGCAGGGCUGCGGACGCGGAACUGGGGCCCGGAGGGGAGGGGCCCUACGAGGUGCUCAAGGAUAGCUCCUCCCAGGAGAACAUGGUGGAGGACUGCCUGUACGAAACGGUGAAGGAGAUCAAGGAGGUGGCAGACAAGGGCGGCAAGGCCAAGCCCACUUCCGCCUUGCAGGAGCCUCAGGGCGCCCAGGCGGACCGCAAGGCCGACUUCGCUGAAUACGCCUCCGUGGACAGGAACAAAAAGUGCCGCCUCAGUGCCAACGCAGAGAGCAUUCUGGGAAGCUCCAGUGACCUGGACGAGGAAACCCCACCUCCUGUCCCGGUUAAACUGCUGGAUGAGAAUGCCAACCUUCCAGACAGGGGAGAGGCAAAGGCAGCAGGGCCAGCCCCGGAAGCGACCAGCGGGCACAGCAAGAGAUUUAGUUCCCUGUCAUACAAGUCUCGGGAAGAAGACCCGACUCUUACAGAAGAGGAGAUCUCAGCAAUGUAUUCCUCAGUGAACAAACCUGGACAGUCGGCACACAAGCCCGGGCCGCCGCUGACAGGGCCGGACUGUCCCUGCCCCUCCAUGCAGGGGCCCCCUCAGAGGUCAGCCUCCUCCUGCAGUGACCUCUAUGCCACUGUGAAAGACUUCGAGAAAAACCCCAACAGCAGCAGCACACUGCCCCCAGCAAGGAGACCCAGUGAGCCAGAGCCCGACUACGAAGCCAUACAGACUCUGAACAGAGAGGACGGAAAGGUCCCUCUGGAGAGCAACGGCCACCUUGUCCCCAAGGAGAACGACUACGAGAGCAUCGGGGACUUGCAGCAAUGCAGAGAUGUCACCAGGCUCUAGCAACUCAAAGAGGCUGUGGUCAACAGCUCUGCCGUAGAGGGAGGUAACGGCAGCCUGGUGCUGCUUAGGUGAGCUGAGGCAGGUGCAGGCUCAUGACUGUUUCCCAGUCUCCCAAACAGUAAGGUACAGGCCUGCCUGCCAGGGCGGCCACCCUCCAGUGCUCCCAAGAAACCCCGCUACCCCUGACCUCACAGUCCACAGAGGAAGGGCAGCUGCAGGUGGUGGUGGGAGCCCCACCCACCAAGUUAGCUCGGAGAGGAACUGGUUCCUAACCCACCCUCUUGCCGGGCCUGCCCUGUUAGUCUCCGGGAAUCUGGAUGUGCAGGCUGUGAGGUGUGGGGCGGACUGUCCCUGGAGUCGCUGGGGUCCUUGCUGCCCAUUUGGACACUGCAUCUGCAGUCUUCUCAAGGUACAUGAGGUCAGGUCAGACAUUCUUUAAUGUUUUAUGUUCAAAACCUUCCCCGACAGUGUUUGAAUUUUCGUAACUUCUGUGGUACUUCUCUAGCUGUUCACACCCAGACCCAGCGCUCUUCCUUCCAAAUGGAGCCUUAAUGUUUCUGUGAAGAUGGCAGCCACGGUGUCUAUCCCCAAAGGGCUGCGGACAUAAAUUUGUGUUUCCAGUGAUCUUUGCUGCCACACAUGUGACUUUCCUGUAAUCUGAUGGUAAUCUGAGUAAAAUGUAAACAUUUAUUUUAUUAUAUAAAUUUAUAAAAUGUUUGUGUUAUUACUGCCUAAUUUCUAGACAGUGCCAGAAAUAUAUAUUAACUAUUUGGUUUUUAUGUACAAUGAUUUAUACUCUCAGUUUUAAAAAGAUACCAUAAAGCACAUAAGCUAGAUAAUUAUGAACAUUUUUUUAUUCUUUUCUCUAAUAAGUAAUGUUAACAUUGAAGAUUUGAAAGGGCUCAGCGUCUCAGACGGUACUGGGAGUCUAGAUCCAAAACACUGAGGGCACUGGUGGCAAAAUGCAAUGGACACAAAUGUGUCACUGCUGAUUCUCUCAGUGUUAAAAAUAGAACAAGAUCUGACUCGGGAACUCUGGGCCUCCAGGAAGAAUCAGACUUUCUCUGACGUGCAGCGAAAGCUCUAAGAACUCCAGGGGCGGUGCCCAGAGUCCGGUGCCUGCCGGUGCAAACUGCCUGGUUUUUCCUUGCUUCACAGAACUCAGUGGCCAAAGCAGCUCUAGAUGUCCUGAGGCCAGCCCUGGGAACCGUGCUCACUUCUCAUUGUAAAGGGCGCCCAGCUGAAGUGCAGGACACAGAUAACAGAGGGACCAUUGCAUCCUCCUGCUGUGUGGCAUCCGGUUCUGAUGACUUAAUAACCAUGCUGUUUUCCUUCCCUGUGGCGAGGAGUGUGCCUGGGAGAGUGAACAACUCUGUCUGUGCCUCUCUCCACCCUUGUAUCACCAGCUGGCUGUGGAUCGCGCCUGUGGAGCUGUAAACUCUCUUAGAUGUUGUUGACAUUAGCCUAAUCGUUCACGAAGAUACCACAGAUACACGUGAUAGGCACAACCUCUGCUGGUCACAGAUAACAGUGGGCGCCGGGUGUCUGGGAGCAGAAAAGGGUGGGGCUGUUUGCGGCCACUGAUUUUCACUGCUGUGUAUUAAUGAGUUUGGCCCAACCACCUCUCAGGCCUCGAGGGUCCUUUCAUCAAUCACACUACCCAUGCCACAGGGCACUCCUGGCCACAUGCUUGCCACCAUGCAAUGCCUCACAUGCACCACAGAGCUCAGGAGUUUGAUUAUGUUCUGUAAACAGAGGGAAGCUGGUGUGAUCUCUAAAGUAGAAACCUCUUUCUACGAAUGCAAGCUUUACGACUCAAGUACGGUCCAGAGUCAUAAACCCCCACCACCCCCACCCCAAGAAGGAGGCUGAAAGUCAUUAACAAGGAGAGCCUGGGCCAGGGAGUCAGAGACCCUGGGCCAUGCCACCUCCGCUUUGGUGCCCAGCAGAAUGAGAGACUCUUCAAGGCUUCCAGAGCUCCGGAGCAGGGUCAGGGAGCGACUCCCUGGGGUUCUGCCCCCGGGCCCUCUUGACUGCAGUGUUCCAACUCUUGUGGGCCCCAGGCGGCCGCUUGAGCUUCACGUCAUUCCUGAGAAGUGGCAGCUGGGCAGCUGAUGUCUCCUUUGGUCAGUUUGGGUUUGUCGCCAAGGCCCCCAGAGUUCCGCCUUAGGCCAUCUCAGAGUGCUGCUUUAGUUCCCGGAAGUGCUCAUAGGUGGCGCAGGCGUGUUCAUCCCAGUAGGACAGACUUGGGGUCUCUCCAUCUCAGUUACUUCUGUCUCGACUACAGCUCACUUGAGUUCCGUUAUUCCGGUUUGCAUAAAACUCUUUCAUCAGAGAUCAGUUCUUUAUAAAUAAUCAUGUCACCUUGAAAAUGAAUCACCUUGAAAUCCUGUUGUCCGAAUGUCCCAGAGUUUCCAAACAUGGUAUGUAACAUAGUCACGAAAUGUGCACUGACAGUCCUCUCCUGGUCCGAGAAGCUCGCAGCGGUAAGAGUCAGCAUGGCAGCCGAUCUCUUGGGGUUCUGUACAAGGGCCGUGAAGCUUUGCCGUGUUUCCUGGUGUAUUUCUUUGGCUUGAUUGUCCAGGCUUUUGUUUUGCUGUGAGCUUUUGCUCUUUUACUUGGCUAAAAUCCGUGUUCCUGUCUUUGAGCUGGAUGGAGCCUGUAGUUUGCUUUAAGGUCUAAAUGUUACAGAGUUUAAAUGUGUGAAAAAUUAUCGAAAGGAGGUCGGACUGAACACAUAAACAUCAUGGCCAUGUCUACAGCAGGCCAGACUGUACACAAACAUCACCGCUGUGUCUACGGCAUGUGUGUGUGUGUGUGUGUGUCUGAAGCGUUGCUGGCUCUGGCACCAACCAUGCUGUGUUCUAUUACGUAUUUGAAUGAACUUGUAUCAUACAGUGGAAUUAAACCAUUCUCCAGUUGCCUCAUUGGGUAAUUGUGAGAAGCCUUCUCGAGCUGGCUUCAUUAGUUUUCCUAAUGAGUACAUUCAGGUUUCAAAUUGUGUUCAUGAUUCUCCCAGGUGAGAAACAAUGCUGUCUAGAGAUGGCUUUGUCACCCGUGACUCACUGCGGAGUCAGCCGAGGACUGUGAACAGGUGCACUGCUCAGUGUGUGGAGGAGAGGCUCUCCCAAAGCAGCCAAAGGACCCUCAAGCCUGCCUGGCAGGCAGCGUGGCUCCCGGGUAUCACAUGGGGAACCAUUUCACUCCUGGCUAAACCCAAACAUUCCCCGCAGGAAUAAAGAUGUGCAAGGCCCCGUCUUGUGAGGGUGCAGAGGCUGAUGCUAGGCUCAGUGGGGUUGUGGAAAUGGGAGGGUGACACUGAUGCCCGUGUUCCCUGUGAUGGCAGAAGGGAGUCCUGUGAUCUGGGCGCCAUUCUUCUGACAGUGUUAGUUUCUGGUACCCAGACAGCUUACAGCUUACGAGAUGGAUGCCUGUGGGAACCGCAGUGUGUAUUGAGAGCUAUUUCCUGGAGGCUCUGAGAGGUGUGUUACACUGUGUCAGGGGGACAUUGAAAGUGUAAUGUUUGCUGUUAGUGAUUAGCCAAUGUGGAAAUAGAAGUGUGGGUUGACAGUAAGCAAUGUGGGUCCAUUUAUAGUGGCAUCUGUAUCCGCCUUCCUUGCUAUGGACACACUUAGGCUGCAAGUGCUUCACUCAAAGUACGGAACCCAGAAAAACUAGAAUUUUUAUCUAAAAUUAGGAGAUAAAAUAUUAAAAAUUGGGAGAAAAAGAACACAUGCGUAAUUUUUAAGUCCUGUGCUUUUCUCAUUUUUUGGAACUUUUAUUAUUUUUACAUCUUACCUCAAAAUAUUUGUGUUUUAUUGUUCCUCAGGUUCUUUCAUUUAACUAAGAGAUAUUUGUUGAGUUUUUUACUCUCAAAUGAAAUUGGAAGGCUGAUUUUGCUUAAAAGGCAAUACUAAAGAUCACUUCAUUUAAUAUUCAUUUAUCCCAAUACAGGCUUUCCCCUUGGAUUGGCACUGAUAUUAUCUAUAGCUGGUUUGGUUUGGUUUGGUUUGGUUUAAGAUAUAGGAACUAGGCAUGGCAGCCCAUGACUGUUAUCCUUUUAUGAGGAAGAGUGGGAAAGAAGGAAGGUCUUGCAUUCAAGGCCAGCCUGGGCUAGUCUAACUAAAAUGUUCUGGCUAUCUCAAAUCACUAUGUAUGCGUUAUAAAGGUUGGUGACUGUCCCUCCUCAGACUUCUACGUUAAACUGGCCCAGGGAAAUGCUGCUGUGUUGUCCACUUGCUCAGUAAUGCUGUUGUAUUUACAUGCCUUGUGAUUUGUGGGGAGUUCGGAAUACAGCUGGAUAAAUACACUGUUCCAAGUAGAGGCUGUAGUUCUCAUUCCAGCAAGUUCUCUCAUAAGGAGGGUUGGUUGUCACAUGUCUCUUAGGUUCCCAACCAGUUUGAAGGUACUGCUCUUAUUCAAGUAGGGUACAAGUAAUUCAAGACACUAAUUAUCUCUGCAGAUGUUUGUAACUAUCUGAUCAUCUAGUUCAUGGAAGAGUAAAGAGGUUUUUGUUAAAUGUGAAAAUGCUUAAACCUUGGCUUUAUAUGUUCAAAAAUAUUCACACUAACCUCAGAACCUUACUUUUCUUCCCUGACUCUGAUGCCCUUAAAGAGGCAGAAGGACUAGGGUGUGGUCAGGUUUCCUGCCCUCACUUGGCCUGCUCCUGCACAGGUGGCCUACUGUCCCUCUGUCCAUUUGCCAUGGGCCUCGUCCCACUGAUGAGUGUCUACCCAACUGUCACCUCUGUGCCAUGUCUGCGGGAUGUCUAGAUUCUCUUCCAGUACCAAUCACCAGCCCAGGUGGGACCACUGACUGCGAGUCUGGAGUGGCUGCCCUUCAUCUCAAGCCCCAGGAGAAGGUCACACACAGACCUGCAGGUCGAGGCUGGUUUGACCAUCCCCAAUGCAUUCCCAUGACUUUUCCAUGUCAAGCUGGUCAGUGCACCUGACACAAAGUUCCCCUUUACUCUGCAAUGUGUGACCGGUGCGCGCUCUCUCUCUCUCUCUCU